AUGGACGCCCACGAUGCAUGGCAGCAAAUUCGAAUUCCCGUCAUCCUUUUUACGGCUUUUGGACUGCUCAUUCUUCGUUUCUACCUCCACAGCACGGAGACUAAAGAAGAGUUAAAGGCGUUCCCUAAGGCUUAUAAAACCGAGAAGCCCGAGUCGAAGCCUGCGUUGAAAUCGAAGCCCAAGCCGGUCGAAGAGAAAAAUGAAGCGAAACUGAGCCCUGCUAUCGAAUCGAAGGCACCCAAGCCGAAUGGUCCAAAGAGGAUAAAGGGCGGCCUGGUCAAACGGCCCUCUGAAGAGCUCAAGAAUGGGGAGUCUCUUGCGCGGAAGAUACGGCCUUUGAUUUUCUUUUCGAGUAUUACUGCCAACACGCCCAAGAUUGCAAAAGAUUACGCCGAGCGCUUGGAUAAGGAACUGCAGACCAUCGCUGCAGACACUGGAUGCUCAUUCCUGACACCCGAGGUACUGGAUUUGGCUGAGACUGACUUUGACGACUACUUCAUCACCCCGCCCAAGUCCGAGGAGCCGGUUGAGCUCUUCUAUCUCUUCUUGCUGCCCAGCUACAACAUCGAUACAAUUAACGAUACCUUUCUGGAGCAUCUCCAAGAGACGCACCAUGACUUCCGCAUCGAUACUGCACCUCUGGCCCCACUACUUGGAUAUUCCGUCUUCGGUUUUGGAGACAGGGAAAACUGGCCGACAGAGGAAGAAGGUUUCUGUUUCCAAGCCAAAGAAGUUGAUAAAUGGAUGGCCAAGCUCACAGGUCGUAAGAGGGCUUUCCCGGUCGGUAUGGGUGACACGAAGAAGGAUUACGCCGAGAGAUUGUCCGAAUGGUCUGAGGGCGUUGUAGAUGUGCUCAGCAUGUUGGCUAAGACUGGCAGCUUAGGCGAGGGUCUCCCAGGAAGCGGUGCACCUGAGGAAAGCGACGACGAAUCCGCGGCAGAAGAUGAUGACGAGGUCCUCAUUGAAGACUCGGAGGCAAAGCCUGAGAAGCUCAAGAGUCGCAAAAACAUCGAUGAUGUAGAGGACCUAGGCCGCAUCAUGAAAAGCUCGAACCCGGAUACCGACACAUCCUCCCGCGCGACGCCCAUCGCUGUUGAUUUUACAACCUAUGGAAAGUCUUCCACCGCACCCAAGAAGACGCCGACGCAAGGCGCCAAGGAGAUGGUCCCCAAGAACUCACCUACCUACGCUUCGCUCACAAAGCAGGGCUAUUCCAUCGUUGGCUCGCACUCGGGCGUCAAGAUCUGCCGAUGGACAAAGUCCGCGCUCCGCGGUCGCGGAUCGUGCUACAAAUAUUCGUUUUAUGGCAUCAAUUCGCAUCAGUGUAUGGAAACAACCCCUUCGCUGUCGUGUUCAAACAAGUGUGUCUUUUGCUGGCGCCACGGUACAAACCCCGUCGGCACUACCUGGCGCUGGGUUGUCGACCCUCCUGAGCUCAUCUUUGACGGUGUCAAGGCGAAUCAUUACAACAAGAUCAAAAUGCUUCGCGGCGUUCCUGGCGUCAGGGCUGAGAGAUUUGCGGAGGCAAUGCGCAUCCGUCACUGCGCUCUCUCGCUUGUGGGAGAGCCGAUCUUUUACCCCUACAUCAACGAGUUCCUCGGCAUGCUCCAUGCUGAGCGUAUUUCAUCUUUCUUGGUCUGCAACGCCCAGCAUCCUGAUCAGCUUGCUGCUCUCAAGGCUGUGACGCAGCUCUACGUUUCCAUCGACGCAUCAAAUAAGGAAUCGUUAAGAAAAAUUGACCGACCCCUGCACCGAGACUUCUGGGAGAGGUUCCAGAGAUGCCUGGAUAUCCUAAGGGAGAAGCGUUUCAAGCAUCGUACCGUCUUUCGUCUUACACUUGUUAAGGGCUUCAACGUCGAUGACGAGGUUGAGGGCUACGCCCAGCUGGUCGAGAAGGGCUUGCCCUGCUUCGUUGAGAUCAAGGGUGUCACAUACUGCGGGACAUCUACCGCGUCCAACGCCGGUCUGAGCAUGUCCAACGUUCCCUUCUACUGGGAAGUUGCAGACUUUGUCAAGGCUCUCGAAAAGAGACUUAACGAGAAGGGCCUGAAGUACGGCAUCGCGGCGGAGCACGCUCACAGCUGCUGCGUCCUGCUUGCCAGCGAACGGUUCUAUGUCGAUGGCAAAUGGCAUCCCCGAAUCGACUACCAAAAGUUCUUUGAAUUGCUAGAAGAACGUGGGCCUGAUGGAGAUUGGAAGCCCGAAGAUUACAUGGGCGAGGCAACACCUGAGUGGGCGGAAUGGGGCAAUGGCGGUUUCGACCCCAGAGACGAGAGAGUCGACAGGAAGGGCAGGAAAAUCGAGGCUAGCUGA